AUGCUGGGCUCGCUGAGGUUGUGCCGAGGGACCGCGCGGGCUGCACCGGGGCUGCGCCGCGGGUUCGCCGCGCAGUCGGAGAUCGUCGCGACGCUCCAGGGGAAGAUCAAGGCCCUCGCGGAGAAGAAGGGGCCCGCUUUCCAGAAGUUGAAGAAGGAGCCGCGCGGGUGUACUUACAGCACGCCGCCGCGCCUUCGAGCUGAUGCGCUCGGGCGCUGCGGCGAGGCGCAGGAGGAGGAGGACGACGCGGUUGGAAGGACAUACAAGAAGCAUGCGCGUGGAGCGUGCAAUCUUUCCUCAAUGUCGGGCCAUGACAGAAGUCCAAAUGGACUUUCUAGCUAUUUUUUAAGAAAUACCGCGUGUAGCGGCAAUGGAUAUGCCUUAGGGUCCUGGUGCAUUGUUGCCAGACGGCGCGCACCAGCUGCGAAAUUUGCUUUGAAGUCUGGCCACGGCAAGGCCGCCCGGCGCAUCCUCGCGCUCAGAGAUUUUUGA